AUGGCAAACAUGGGUGAAGAUCUUCUUGUUAAUGACCCAAUUUUGAAUAAUUCUUCUCCAACUACUACAGACGAGUCGAUCUCUGAAACAACUAAGAUCGAAGAAUCAACAACAAGAUCUGACCCUUCUUUUAUUCAACAUCAGAUUUCUCUUCAAAGAAGUCCUUCGACCGCCAAAUCACAUGUGUCAGCCCUUUCUGGUCAAUUAUCAACCAAGUCCAAUGGAAGCAGUCCAAGACUGGGUUUUUCGUCACUUGCUAUCACCCAUGGCGAUGAUGGACAGAGAAGAUCGCGUGGUGAUUCUAACGCAAGUAAUGCUGGAGAAGUUAUCAAAUGUACACUGCUGAAAUCAGAUUCGCAUUCUUCUGGUUUAUCAAUGAAAUCAGAAAAGUCGGUCACUUCUGUCAAUGUGGUUGGGAGCUAUCCACUUGGCACGUUAAGAGUCCACUCCCCAUCGCCAACCAGAGAGCGUGGUGUAGAGCAUCACGAAAUUUUGGAGCAUGGUGAUGUGGUCAUCAUUCGAAACCUUCCAGUCGGUACAAUUUUUGGGUAUGAUACGAAGGCCUAUACCAUUAAGACUGAGGGAACACUUGAGGGCGUCAAGCAGAUCCCGGCGGGUGCUCACUUUUUUUGGGGUGGGUCCGGCAAUGGAUCUUCACGAACCGGAUUUUGGCUGAUGACAAUGAAGUUGGCCUCGGAUGAAUCUGGUGACAUUCAUGUCUUGAGAUGGGAUAGUUACCACGAGUUUUUAGAGGAAGAGCUUAGCGAAGCCGAAAAGCGCAUUCAAAAGGCAAGCGUCCCCGAGAUUGUCAACAAGCUCGAGCCAUACUUGGGUGCUUCGCCAACUCCAGAUCACGUCCCCUCUAUUUCUACGUCGUCAACUCCCGUUGGCUCGCCAAGUUCCCCAAUUACUGCUGAUAGUAUCGAUGACACUGACAAGUGGCGUCGCUUAACCUUCUGCAUCAAGCACCCCUACCUCAAGAAAGUCACAGGUGGCAAGUGGAAUAGUUGGAAAGUCUCGUCUAGUCAUGACAUCAAGACUACAGAGCUACAGGCUUCAAGCGCACCUCGUGAUGUUAAGGGGGGCAGUACAAAUUUCGACGGAGACGAAUUUCUAAACUUCGUUUUUCCAAGAAGUGCCCGUACCUUCUCAGAAUCAUCUUCAGGUCGCGAGCGCACCGAGCAAGCAAUCGAUAGUACGUCUUAUAUUGUUGAAGCUAUCGGACGUUGCACAUAUGAGGACUCUGAUGAGAUUAUUGGAGAGUUACAAUUCUGCUACAUUACUGGAAUGAUCCUCGGCAAUCUUGCGUGCAUGGAACAGUGGGGUAUCAUCAUCAGCAAGCUAUUCGGAGCCUAUCGUCUUUCAAUGGAUCACCCAGUUUUCUUCCGCAAGGUCAUUACCGCCGUCCAUGCCCAGUUCAUGUAUGAUGAAGAGGGAUUCGACACCAGUAUCUUCGAUCAUGAUUCCCAUCUUGGCGACGAUUUGAAGAUCAUUCUUACCAAGUUCAAGUCCCGCUUGAAUGAACAACUCCUCUCCUACGGUUCUAACAUUACACGCGAGCAAGAGGAGGUAGGCAAGGCAUUCGAAGCCUUCGAGUCGUGGCUGUGGAAGUGGGGCUGGGAUCUACGAGGAAAUUAUCUCAGGUCUGGAAAAUUUCAGCUGGAGGACGGAGAGAUGAUUGAUGCAGAGCUCAAGGAUUUCGAAGACGAGGAUGAACGAGGUCGCAAAUCUGACAAACCCAAGAAGUCCAAGACCAACCGUAUUAGUCGCUCCGGUUUCUCGUGGGCUCUUUCAAAUGUAUCCUAA